AUGCAAAAGAAUAAGAUCUUCUUAGAAGGAAUAAAAUAGUUUGAUUUGUUCGCACAACCAUUAUAAUUAUUAGUUGAUAAAAAGGUAUAUCACUAAACCUUAUAUGGGUCAUUUCUAACACUCUUAUUGUUGGCAUUAUUCUCAAAUCUAUUUUAUCAAAAAUUAGUUACAUUAUUUGACAAAAGCAAUCCCUCCUCAUUAAGUUCAGAAAUUUAUCAUUCUUAACCUGAGUUGUACACUUUAACUCCUUUUAACUUCACAAUGACCAUGGCCUUUCAGAAUUCAACAUACAACACAUACAUAGAUGAAUCAGUUUAUGUUGUUAAUGCUUAUUUAGUAAAGAAGAUUGUUAAAGAAUCAAAUGGAUAAAAAAUAGAUGUUUUUGAGAAGCAAGAACUACCUCUCGUAGAAUGUAAUUAGAAUUUGAUUCAAUAAGAAGAACUAAAAGAAUAUUUUUCUCAUAUUGAUUUACCAAAUAAUUAUUGUAUUGAUUGGAAUUAAAUUCCUAAUAUUUAAAUUCAAGGUACCUUUGAUGCUCCAAAAUUUGAAUUCAUAGCAAUGUAAAUUAACACUUGUACUGAAUAAACCCAAAAAAGCAAACCUUGUAAAAGCUAGAAGGAGAUAGAGGAGAAAUUAAAGCAGAAUUAUUUUUCAUUUUAAAUCUCAUCUUACACUACAAAUUUAAAAAAUCCUAAUUCUCCCUAUUAACCAAAAGGGUAAGAUCUCUUCACAACAAUCUCAAACAAUAUAUACAAGGAGAUUUCAAUAUACUUAGAACCUUUGACUACGAUUACAGAUGUUGGUUUAAUUUAAACUGAUUUGGAAUAUGAAAAAACUUUGAGAUAUGGUAGACAUACAGAAAUGUUAGAUUUGAAUCAAAGUGAUUUGAUUAUGAGUGUAAUAAUUAGACUAGACACAACUGAAUAUAUAGACUAUAGGACAUAUCCAAAGAUCUAAGAAAUUUUAGCAGAAUUAGGAGGUUUGUGGUAGGUAUUGUUUUGUCUCUUUUACAUUAUUUCAAAACCUAUUAAUAAAAUUAGUCUUCUACUUGAGCUUAUAAAUUCGCUGUAUGAAUAUUAGGACGUUUAACAAUAAGAGGAGGAUUCUUCUUUAAACAAAAAUGAAAAGCCAGGUUCUCCUUUGUAGAGAUAAAUAGAAUAAGUUUAAAUAUAUAAUGAAUAAAUUGUAACUAAUAAGACAUUAUCGAUAAAGGAUAAUAUUUGUAAAAACUAAGAUUUAAAGGAUAAAUCAUUCAAAACAAUCCUUUAAACAUACGUUUUAUAUAUACAAAAAACUUUAUUUCGAAAAAAUAAAAAAUAUAAAUUUGGAUAUUUAAAUGCAUUUUAAGCAUUGAGGUGUAUUGUCACUAAAGAUGAUGAAAAUAUAAUUAAAUUCAGGGAGGCUCAUUAAGAAAUAAGCAGUCAACUAAAUGUAUUUAAUAUAUUAAAGAGAUUAUAAGAUGUUGAAAAAUUGAAGCAUAUCCUUUUUAAUGAUAAUUAACUUAUCCUUUUCGAAAAAUCCAAAAAUAUCCUUUAAAAAGCUUAAUCAUUUGAUGUAAAAUAAAAUAGUGAUCAAUAAAUAAAAUAAUAAGGAAUGACCUAAGAUGCUAUCUUGCAUAUAUUAUCAGAUCAAAAUAAUGAAAUUAAUUAGAAACUCGUAGCUUCUAUCGAUGUUACUGUUAGCAAUUUAUUAAGAAAAUGCAAGCAAGAAAACUUAGAGAAAUCAGAAAAAAAUUGA